GGCAGAAGCAGGAACAAGUCCACAGUCAACUCCAGUCUCCACACGCCAAUCAAGAAGACAUUAUUUUUCCUUUCCCACUAAAAUCUCUCUCCAAAUCUAUCCUUUUUCUGUUCUCAUCACCCUCUUGUUCUUACCGCUGCUCAGCUUCAUUCCUUCUUCUGUUCUGUGUUCUGUCUUCUUGUUCCUUCCACCUGAAACUCCACCAGACAAAUAGUUUAUUUUGUUUGUUUAAUUAUAUUUAUAUGCUUCCUCUUAUAUAGAAAAAGGAGUUCAAGAAAACCCACCAAGCUCAAGCUAAAAUGACAAGGUAUGUGGGCGGCUCUGUGUUUUUGUCUUUGUUCUUGUUCUUGUUCUUGUUCUUGUUAUUUCCGUCGGGGUUAUCUUUGUCUUCGAAUCAAACAUCCAUCAUGAUCAAUCUCUCUCGGCUCCUUAACAACUCUGCCUUAUCAUGGGAUGUUAAGAAACAGCCAGACCCAUGUUCAUGGAAGGGGGUUAAUUGCAGCAGUGACAGUUCGUCUGUGAUCGGUCUUUCUUUAAAUGGGGUUGGUAUUUCCUCUUCUGGGUUUUUGUCUCUUGUUUGCACGAUUGAAUCUUUGCAAUACCUUGAUCUUAGUGUAAAUAAUCUUUCUGGGUCUAUUCCUCAUUCAAUUGGAAAUCUCACCAAGUUGAACACUUUGAUUUUGUCUUCCAAUAAUUUGGUUGGUGAAAUCCCCCAGGCCAUUGCAAACAUCUCAACCCUGUCUCGGUUUUCAGCAAAUCAGAAUGGUUUUGUUGGUAGAAUUCCAAGUGGAAUUACAAGACAUCUUAGGUUUUUAGAUCUUAGUUAUAAUAACUUAAAUGGUUCUAUUCCAUCAGAUCUUUUAUCGCAGUCGAAUUUGCACACUGUGGAUUUGUCUUAUAAUCAGUUGGAUGGUUUAAUACCUGAAGAUAUAUCCCAAAGCUUGGUUAGACUGAGAUUGGGAAGCAACCUUUUCAAUGGGUCGGUCCCUUCUUUGUUCACUUUAAACCAUCGGUUGACUUACUUGGAGCUGGAUAACAAUAGCUUGUCUGGUGUAAUACCUGGUGGGUUGGCUUCUUGCCGGAAUUUGGCACUGUUGAAUUUAGCUCAGAAUAAUCUCAGAGGUCAAUUGCCAGUGGCAUUGGGUAAUAUUAGCAAUCUUCAAGUUUUGAAACUUCAAUUCAACAAGCUGGUUGGAGAAAUCCCUGUAUCAAUCUCUCAAUUACACAAGCUGUCAACUCUCAAUAUAAGCUGGAAUUCUCUUUCUGGCUCAAUACCUUCUACAAUUUCGAACUUGCAAAGCCUUGCUCACUUGAACUUACAAGGCAACUAUCUUAGGGGUUCGAUACCUGACAGCAUCAACUUCAUGGAUUUUCUGUUAGAACUCCAACUUGGACAAAAUCAACUGGGUGGGAGGAUUCCAACGAUGCCAGUGAAGUUGCAGAUUGCUUUGAAUCUCAGCAGCAACCUCUUUCAAGGGCGUAUUCCAAACACGCUUUCACGACUGGGGGAUUUGGAAAUUCUGGAUCUCUCAAACAAUAAAUUCUCAGGUGAGAUUCCGAGUUUUCUUACUCAGUUGGGAUCCCUAACACAGUUGAUACUCUCAAACAACCAGCUCACUGGAAUCAUCCCGGACUUCAAGCCAUGGGUUUCUGUUAAUACAAGUGGAAAUGUGGGUCUUGCUAAUGUUACAAAAACAAACAAUUCCCCAGAAUUCAUGAAGAAGAGGAAACCACUUGCUUUGGCAGUUAUUCUUGCUAUUGGAGCUGCUGCUCUAGUUGGUGGGGUGGUCUUAGUUGUUGCUGUAUCGUUCUCCAGAAGAUUUCACAGGGUUAAUGAUCAACAGUCACAAUCAGGGGAAGAUCUUCCACUGUCUCAGGUCAUCCAAGGCAAUCUGUUGACUGCAAAUGCAAUUCACAGAUCGAAUAUUGACUUCUCCAAAGCCAUGGAAGCAGUUGCUGAUCCAUGGAACAUUGUGCUAAAGACUAGGUUUUCCACUUACUACAAAGCCACCAUGCCUUCCGGAGCAAGCUACUUUGUCAAGAAGCUUAAUUGGAGUGACAAGAUAUUCCAAUUGGGAAGCCAUGAUAAAUUUGAUCAAGAGCUGGAAGUUUUAGGGAAGCUAAGCAAUUCAAAUGUCAUGGCUCCUUUGGCAUAUGUAUUGACUGUUGAUAGUGCUUUUCUCUUCUAUGAGCAUGCUCAGAAGGGUACCCUUUUUGAUGUUCUUCAUGGUAAACCGGGAAAUGCAUCGGACUGGGGAAGUCGUUACAGUAUAGCAGUUGGAGUGGCUCAGGGUCUUGCUUUUCUGCACGGAUACUCCUCUGGACCAAUACUCCUCCUUGACCUUUCAAGCAGAAAUAUUUUUCUGAAGUCCCUGAAGGAGCCUUUAGUUGGAGACAUUGAACUCCACAAAGUGAUCGAUCCCUCCAAGAGCACUGGUAGCCUUUCAACAGUUGCUGGUUCUGUCGGCUAUAUUCCUCCAGAAUAUGCUUACACAAUGAGAGUAACAAUGGCAGGGAACGUAUAUAGCUUCGGGGUUGUUCUACUGGAACUGCUGACAGGAAAGCCAGCAGUUAGCGAGGGAACUGAAUUAGCCAAGUGGGUCUUAAAUAGCUCAAAGCAGCAGGAUAGGUGGGAUCACAUCCUCGACUUUAACAUCAGUAAAACAUCACUAGCUGUCAGAGGCCAAAUGCUUGCAAUGCUCAAGAUUGCUCUCAGUUGUGUCAGUGUUUCACCAGAAGCAAGGCCAAAGAUGAAGAGUGUGUUACGGAUGAUCCUCAAUGCACGGUGAAGCCUAGCCUCAUGAAGCAUAUCUGUCUAUUAGUAUGCAUAAGAUGAUCAUCUCAGUUUUGUUUAAGUCCAAUUAUUAUAGGUAAUACUAAGCCUCUAGAUUUACAGAAAAUAUUGCAGUUGUAGGCAGCCAAGCUGCAGGUAAUACCCUUGUAUGCAUAACAUAUGCAUAGCGACUUUCGAUAAUGUAAAUUAUCAGUUUCAUCUGUCAAAA